AGUUAAUAUUUAUGGACCAAAUAGAGGACGUAUGCAGUGAUUACGUGCAAAUAAAAGGCGAACAAUCAAUAGUACUUAAAAUGAAAGUCGACAGAGAAAAGGACGCCAAAGUAGUUCUCACUAAUCCUGACGAAAUCGGUCUAAAAGAAUGGCUCAUUUCAUUGAAGUCGACGCAUAAGAACUCAUUGGAACUGUUGAGUAGUAUGGCUAAGAAGGCCACCAAAAUCUACGGCACAGUUGACAACAGGACAGUGACAUUAAACCCGUCGUCGACGGGCCCGCAGACGACGCCAUCGCACCAGACGUCCGGUGCUGUACUUAAUAGCCGUAAUGGGAACUGAAGUGAAUGAGCAUUAAAGCCGACGAACCA